AUGAACAUUCAGCCUUUCCUCGAGGUCGUCGGGGCUCCCUCGAAAUCCGGAGGGAGCUCCUGUGGAGAUGUCAUAGCAAAUGUCUCUUCCCAGCGACCGAUGCAAUUGCAAACUCCACCAGGAUCAGACUCUGGAAGCCCAAGAGUUAAGAUUGAGGGCAUCUACUCCGAGCCCCAAGAGGUCGCGACCUUUGCGGAACCCCAUCGUCUCAACUCCCCUCGUGAUGACUCGCCCGUGAGACUUCCUAGUCUAGGGGAGUUCGACGAGGGCGUAGAGGCUCUUAUUCAAAAGCAUGGCCCAGUUAGCUCCUGGGCUCCUCCAUCCCCACUAUCUGGCCUGUCUGGCAAUCCUACCGUUCUGCAGCCCCUGAAGUCUCUCAAUCUAUCUGAGCCAUCAUGGUCCUUUAGAGACUUCCCUUCAGAGGACCCGGCCACCGAUGGCUAUGCUUCUUCUCGUCGAGGAACCAUCACUAGCCUUGAUCAAUACACCCUGGCCGUUGACCACAGCCGACAGCCACUACAGAACAACUACGGUCUCUACAGCAGCUACAGCAACCCUCACGGAAAAGUUGGUGGUGCUACAGUUGCAUGGAACCAACCUCUGCAGAGACAAACAGGCAUGGACUGUUACCCGAGCCCACCGCCCGAGUGUGAGAAUAGACACAUCAACCAGAAGUACACGACCGAGGAAGGAGACUUCAUUAUUUACGCUUGGCAUGAUAAGAAGAUGAAGUGGCAGCGCAUCAAGCAAGAAUUCGCUGCGCGAUUCGGCCGCACCCCCGAGCGCACCGUCCAGGGUCUUCAGGCAUGGUACUACCGCAUGAAUCUGCGCAUACCAAUCUGGGAUCAGGACGGCUGGCUCUGCUUCGACAACGAGGACGACCUCGAGCCUCGUCACGUCAGCAUCAAGUGCCGGGAGCGUGACAGCCAAGACAAGCCUAUGGAGCCGCUCGGGCUUGCCCAGCGGUACCCCGAGCGGGCAGUGAAUUACGCCUGGGUCGACCCAGAGCUCAAGCUCAAGGCCCGAGACUGGGCUGCGAAGAGAGCCUUGCAAUACCGAGAACGUCGAGAGCGAAGACGAAGAAAGGAGCAGCGACGAUUGAAGCUGUAG